AUGAUUCAUCAUAAAAGGAUCGCUAAUCAAUUGAGUAAAUCAUCUUUAAUUGGUCGACAAACAAGCCAUUGUCAAGAAGAGGACGAUCCACUAAGAGACGUGUCGCCACCUCCUCAGAGUGUACUAGAUGUGAUGAAAGCCUCCUCUUGUUGUGCAAACCUGAGGAUGAAGCUCCCUAACAUGGGCCCCACUUCCAUCCAAUUCCUCUUUGUCGGGUGAAAGCUGCCAAAGAGCUGCAAAGUCAUCAUUUUUCCACUCCACCGAGUGACAGUCACUAGAGAUGAUUCGACAACCCAUUUCAUUGAUCUCUAGACUUCGCAAGAAGAUCUUCAGAUUACUCAUGUCGUCCUUGUUAAAGGAGAGCCUUCGAGGCCGUAGACAUUGCAUAACAAUUCUCUUAAAUAAUUAGAAUUUUCGAUGACUAAUGCAUUACUGUCGUGACACCAUAACUUUAUUUUCUUACUUUAGCCUUAAUUUUUACUUCAUUUAAUGAUAAACUGUGUGAUUUAAAUUUACCAAGUUAUACUUCAUUUAAUUACAAUUCUUCUAACUUUUAUAAAUCUUAAUUUGAUCAAUUAAAUUGUCUAUAAUCAUUUACGUAAGAAUCAUCAGGCAGGCAAAACUCUUUUUUUGUCCAAUUCACAUUCGUCAGGCGUUGACGUCAUCUUGACAUCUGCACCCUUAUUUUUCUUUUUCAUAAAUUUUAAAUAUAUUUUUUUUUCAUUUCUUAGUAUUAAAUUCAUAAAAAAUUAUAUUCUUUGAGAAAAGUUCAAAAAAAUUACUUGAUAUUGACCUAGAAAAUUACCACUAUUUUUAGAAGUUUUAUUGAAUUAUAAUUGAUAUAUUUGUUGAGAAAUACUUCUAAAUAUCUGAAAAUUAAUAUUAUUUAGUUUUGAAAUUUUUGAAAUUUAUGUGAUUUACUAUACAAUGACUAAGUCAUGUCAAUCUAUCAUAUGAUGAUGUUUCAAUUGCUAAAUUUAGUGAUUAGAAUAGAUAUAUAAUUGUCAUUUUAAUGUUGAAAAGUGAAAAGGAGUUACUUGAUCCAUAUGAGUAGAAAACUUUAGUAGAACUUGAGGUUGAGGAGGAUGAUAGAGUAGAUGACCUAGUAGAACCUACAAAAAACCGAAUUCAUUAAAAACCUAAUUCAAAAAAUUAUGUGCCCCCUAUUCCAUAUCCUCAAGCUUUAAAAUCAUCAAGAGUUCCUCCUAGUGAUAGUCACUUAAAAUUUUUGAAGUGAUCAUCACUAUUCUUUUAAUUGAUGCUAUUUAGAAUAUUCCUUAUUCUAAGUUUUUAAAAAAUCUUUGUACUCCAUCUAAAAAAUAGAAGAGAAUUGAAUUAUCUCAAUGCAUUAGUUCUAUAUUAUUGAAUCAAAUUUCUAAGAAGAAAAGAGAUCUAGGAGCCACACUAAUUACAUGUGAAAUUUGGAGUAUAAUUUUUAGUAAAUCCCUUUUAGAUACAAGAGCUAGUGUCAAUAUCAUGUCAAAGGUUAUUGAUGACAAAUUUAAGUUUGGAGAAUUGGAGCCUAUUUGUUUUAGUUUGUAGAUGGGUCCAUUAGACAACCAUAUGGGAGGCUAGAAGAUGUGAUUGUGAAAGUAGAAAGUUGUUUUCUUAUUGACUUCCUCGUAGCUGAUAUGAAGGUUAUAGAAAAUUUGAGCCAAGCGCCCAUAAUUUUAGGGAGACCUUUCUUAGCUACAGUCCAAGCCACUACUAAUUAG